CGGUGAAACGCGACAUUCGCAAUUCAGAUCGUUUUAAAUAGGUUCUCUUGUGGGCAAAGAGAUCAAUGCGGAAGUUUUUUCCCGUCGUGUCUUGCCUCCGUAGGGUCAUUAUUUGCAGGGGGACCGCUGGAGAGACAAUGCGCGCUUGCUGUGAAACCAGAUGUGGAAAUCUACAUUCCAGUUUGUUUGAAAGCGCAGCAAAAUGUCGCAUUCGCCAGGAGGAAGUGCGCCAAUGGACUCUGACUUCGGGGAUGAGAUCAGUGACGCCGAAUUUUUGCACAUACAGUCAGAAUUCCUCUGUUCAGCGUGUUUUAUUGGAAACUGCAGGACCCAUCGGGACGCAUCAAUCGUCACACGACGGAGGGGAUUGUGAGGCCAAACCCGAUCUCUCAGGCGUCCGCAGUGCUGAGCAAGAGGAGGCCAAAGGAGGCGGUGUGGGGUACGGACUGGACGCUGCGCCGAAGAGGAAGAGGGAGCUUGUUGAUGGCAGCCCACUAGACAGGUUCGAGCUGCGCUACCUGUGUGUGACGGACAUCUGCGGGCAGGCGUGGUGCGAGCUGCAGGUGGCUCACGGCUUCGAGCUGCCCGACGUCCUGAAGAGACGGGACGAGAGCCAGGAGGUGCGAGCUGGUGCCAGCAUUCACCUGGCCAGAGAGCUGGAGGUCCAUGAUGUGGUGCCAGUCAGUGCACAGAGCAGAGAGGACCGCUGGGCUCUCAAGUUUCUCAAUGUGCUUGGAAUGAUACCGGUCCUGCAGGCUGGGAGCUGUGUGCGGGAGAUGCCUGUAUUUGGGGUGCUGGAGGGGAUUUUUGUGAUGGGGGUGAUUGAUGAGCUCCACUAUAGCCACAAGGGGGAGCUAGUGCUGAACGAGCUGAAGACCCGGGGCCACAACUCCCUGCCUGGACGGGCGCAGGACAGAAGCCACCGCCUGCAGGUUGGCCUGUACAAGCUCCUGUAUGACGGUCUGGUGCGUGGAACGCUGGAGAGAGAAGAUUUCAUACGAUCCCUCCAACUGCAGCCAGGGCAGCUUCUGGGGUCGGGGGUGAUGGAGCAUGCUCAGAAGUUGGGACUCCAGGUGGGGACGUUUGGUGACCUUCUGGACCUGCUGCUGAUGAACCUGACUUACUGCGAGCUGCCCACCAUUGAUGUCCUGAGGCUGGAGUACUGUCACCAGGGCUCCGGCACGCCCAUCGCCACCCGAGAGGUGCCAUUUGACGAGACGCAGUUGAGGGCGGAGCUUCAGCAACACCUCUCGUAUUGGACAGGUCAGAGGGAGGCCAGGGGUGUGGACAUCGAAGAGGCAUGGAAGUGCAGGUACUGCUCCUUUGUGGAGCUUUGCGAGUGGAGGAAGGAGAGACUGCAGCAGGAGCUGACUGGACACCCCUCCAAAAAGCUCAAGUGAGGUCACCUGCAGUCUGUGCAGUUCGGUCUUGGAGGAACCUUGGUCAUGAUGUAUCCUGAAGAAGAUAAGACUGGAUAUUAUUGCAGUUUUAGAUUUUUAUGAUCAGAUCUGUCACUGCUAAAGAACUAAAUAAUUCAUAGCAUCUGGUUACUGGUUAUUUCUCUCUAUGUGUUCCUAAAGCAUUUGUAAGAGAUGUGUUUAGGAUCACUGGGAAUUCUCUCAACAUUCAAAACCUCGAAUUAAGUCACUUUUCUAAAAUGUUAAGCUAUUAUCCAUUUACCAAGCUCAUGUACCGUGAUAAGCUCUAUUCUAAUUACUGCAUUGCUACACUUUAACUGCUUUUAAUUGUAUAGUCAGGAGGGGUCUCACUGCUCAGAUCAGUUUUCUAAUGAAGGUGGAAUGAGUGGUUUAGCCUAACUGGCCACACACAUUUCUUUCUUUAAAGAGCAGCAGCAGCAGCUAAGCCCACUGAUGAUUUUUCCACUCCCGUGAGAAAGCUGGGACAAAGCCAGCAGCCACAUCACCCUGUAACUCACAGCCGGCAGC